UCUUACCUUUCGAGAAAUCGCCUUAUGUGCCUCCUCACGGCACAGGAAAGGUACGACGAGCAGAAGCCUCCCAGUUACGUCCGAUUGGAUCUUUGUACCUCACCAUGCUGGCCAGACCUCGAGUCUAUUACCCUUUGGAUCUGGGGAAGUUAUUACGAAUCAGAGGAUCAUCAGAUACUCCUCGAAACUAUGCCGCGCCUUCGAAAGUUAGACGCGCCCGUGAAUUAUCCGGAAUAUUUGAUUUAUCAACAACUCGCGCAGCGAUAUAGCAGUAUGCUGCGUGGGCUCAAUUUGCGGACGUUGGAGUCACCCAUUUCUCUGGAGGAGCUCAGGGAACUGAGCUGGGCGACGCAUGUGCAGUUGAGCAGGCUGCGUGCAUUGAGGGCCUUGGACCGGAGAUAUUCCGAUGGUAUAUGGGAAUCAGGUGUCCAUUUCUGGAAAAAAGAAUGUGUCCUUGCCUAUCACAUUGGCCAUGGGACUAGGCCAGCUGGCAGGACUAACAGAGCUAGAGAAAAUAUAAUCACUAGGAUCUCAGGAUAUGACCAAGACGGGCGCGAUGUGGAUGUGGAUGGCUGAGCAUUAGUUUGCACUCCAGAAAAUCAGCGGAAGGAUCGUCCCUCAUUGGGGAAAUAAGUCAAGGCUCGGAGUGAGCGCCUAUCUUCAACACGCAUGG